GUCGCUACUCUCUACUAGGCCGACAUUACGACACUCAGAUCUUUUUUUUAUUUGAUUCAAUCGAACGUGCACGCUAAUCGAGUGCAACAAUUGGAAAAAUGAAGAUGGCGGACGGAUGUGUAUUCUUCAGAAGAAAUAGACCCGGAACUACAGCAAAGAACUUUUGUAGGUGGCCUGAUGAACCCUUUGAAGAAAUGGACAGCACGUUGGCAGUGCAACAAUAUAUUCAACAGAUGAUUAGAAGAGAUCCAUCUAAUGUCGAUCUAAUAUUGAAAAUGCCAGAAGCACAAGAUGAAGCAGUAUGGAAAUACGAACAUUUAAGACAGUUUUGUAUGGAACUCAAUGGUUUAACAGUAAGACUGCAAGCAGAAUGCCAUCCAGAAGCUUGUACUCAAAUGACAGCUACUGAACAGUGGAUAUUUCUGUGUGCUGCACAUAAAACACCUAAAGAAUGUCCAGCUAUUGAUUAUACACGACAUACACUCGAUGGUGCAGCUUGUUUGCUUAACAGUAAUAAGUAUUUUCCUAGCAGAGUAAGUAUCAAAGAAUCUUCAGUAGCAAAACUUGGAUCUGUUAGCCGAAGAGUUUACAGAAUCUUCUCUCAUGCAUAUUAUCAUCAUAGAACAAUAUUUGAUGAAUUUGAGAAUGAGACUUUUUUAUGCCGCAGGUUUACAGCAUUUGUGACAAAGUAUAAUUUGAUGUCAAAAGAAAGUUUAAUAGUACCAAUUAUGGAAGAAGAAGGAACAACAGAAAGUGAAGCGUAGAACUUGAAUGUUUAUUUAUAUUGUCCAAAAUUGAUUUGUCAAAUUUAACGAAAUCAUUGGUAAUAUUGAUAUAUCGCUGAAAUAUCUCUUGUAGUUCUAAUUAUUACAAGAGUAUUGAAAUUUUUUGCAAUCUGUCUAGAAAUAUAUCAUUAGAAUUUCUUGUUAUUAAUUGAAUUAAGAUUCAUUUUAAUACAGUCUUUGCUAGCAGGAAUUUAUUGUAUAAAGUAACUUUUCUUGCUUAAAAAUUAUAUUUAUAGUAUUCACUUAUCAUCGAAUGUGUAAAGUGUGGAAGGUAUAGUUGAAGUUAUGAUCCAGCCAUUACUAAGUCUUUGUAUAAAGAUGAAUUUAUUUUAAACAAAUGUAUUAUACCUUCUACAUAAUACAUUAAAUUAAAAUAAUUCUGUACUAAUGAAUUUUACAUGAGUUUACAUUUUUAAUGUAACAAAAUAAUUUUAAAUAUUUUUGGAAACAUAAUUUUACCAAAUGGCAUUUCAUGAAAUAAUAUAACAAGAAAUUCAAGAAAAUUUAGAAUAAAAUUAUUCAAUCUUUUACAUAGCAUAUCUUUAUAUAUUUUGUACCUUCUUUUUUGUAUAAAAAUAUUUAAUUUUAUUGACGCUAUAUAUAAAUUUAGAUUUCUCUUUUGUAAGUAGCCUUAUUACGAUGUGUUUGACUAAUUCGAAAUCUAACAUUAAAUAUCGAUAUUUUUUUGUUACUUCAUUGAGUCAUCAUAAAAAAAUGGAUAUAUUUACUGUAGCAAACGUUAUCAAUAUAACGUAACUAUAAUCAUCGUGCAGUAACCAAAUGAAGCAAACAUUUAUAUGCAUUAUUAGUAAUGAUAGUAAAUGUGUAGUGUUCUUAUUUAUAACAUAUUUAUCUUAUGUGGGAUUGAACUUAAAAUGUUGACUUUCUUCUCCUGUUAUCGGUAUAACUCUUAAUAUCGCAUAGUCCGUUUAAAAACGUUAUAUUUUUAUUGUCUGUAAAGUAUUAAACAUAAGAAGGAUGAUACGGAUCUGUUAUAUUAUCAAGGAACACACGUUUUUAAAAAUGAGACUAGAGAAUACAAGUGAAUAUUAUUUUUUAGUUUGUUUUAUAAUCAUUUAUCUAUAUUAAUUGACAUUAAUUUUUUACCGAUUAAUAAUUCUGCCAAUGAGAAAGUUGAAAGUGUUCUCUAGUUUUCUCGGUAAGAAAAACAAUAUCAGUGCUGGGAGAUUAUCCAUACUACUGCCGAAUACUUAAGCUCCAUAAUAAGUAGUUUAUAGUAGUAAUUGACAUAAUAUGAAAAUGAAAAAAAGAAUUAAGAAUACUUUGGAAUUUAUUGGUUUAUUAAUGUAUCAAUCGUGAUUAAUUCAAACAAUGUUUUUUGUAAGCUUAUACGAAUUUGAUACUAAGAAUAUAUUACUAAAAAAAAAAAAAAAACAAAUGCAAAAAUGUACUCUCUUCCAGUUUCACCAACGGUGAGAAACAUAAUCAUCAUGAAAGAAUUUUUUAGUAAUUUCAUUUACUGUUGGUGAAAUGUGAUGUUUGCUAAUCGUCUAUUGCGAAUAACUUUUUCUAAAACCAAAAGACAAAAGAUCUUAUAAUUAAAUUUCUGUAGAAGGCACUGUAAUUUUCAUAGUAUAUGUUAUAAGACCGCAAUGUGCAUGCAUGCUAUUGUAAUACUGUAUAUAUAAUUUGUAAAUAAGAAAUCUAAUAACGAUAAGAUCAGUUAAUAGAGAUUGGAAUAAGAGAAAUGCACCGAAGGCGCGUGAUUAUUUCUGUAAUAAACAUGCAUGUACUGACAAGGAAUAAACUUUUUACUUAAUAAGAA